AUGAUGGACAGCACCAAUAUUCUGGGAGUUCAGGUGAUUCUCAUUAUGGCAUAUUCCUUAAUUAUCCUCUUGGGCCUUGUUGGAAAUUCCUUGGUCAUUUACAUGAUUGUAAAAUAUAAAAACAUGAGGACAGUAACAAACUAUUUCAUAGCCAAUUUGGCAGUGGCAGAUCUCAUGGUAGACAGUCUGUGCCUGCCUUUUACCCUGGUCUACACACUACUGGAUGAGUGGAAAUUUGGCUUAGUACUUUGUCAUCUGUUUCCUUAUGCCCAGGCUAUGAGUGUGAAUGUCUCCACUCUCACUUUGAUUGUCAUAGCUUUAGAUAGAUACUGGUGCAUCGUUUUCCACCUCAGUAGUCGGAUCUCCAAGAAGUUUAGUUUCUUGAUUAUCACCAUCACAUGGGUGGCAGCUUCCAUCUUUGCUAUUCCCCUUGCUAUCUUCCGAGAGUAUAGAUAUGAGGAUUUACCAACCAUCAAUCUCACAAUAACUGUAUGUACAGAGAAGUGGCCCUCAAAUAAUAAUAGGGAUGCAGCCAUCUACAGUGUGUCAAUGCUUCUUCUGCAAUACAUUCUGCCUUUGGUGGUAAUCUGCUACUGCUAUAUCAGGAUCUGGCUGAAGCUAAAGAAUCAUAUAAGCCCUACACCCAGAAGUGAAACACACCAACGAAGAAAAAAAAACACAACUAAGAUGUUGGUGAUGAUGGUGGUUGUAUUUGCAGUCUGCUGGCUUCCCUUCCAUGUUUUUCAGGUGGCUAUAGACCUGGACUGUGGCCUUGUUUUUCAAGAGUACAAGCUUCUCUAUUCCAUAUUUCAUGUUAUUGCCAUGUGCUCUACCUUUGCCAACCCCCUCCUUUAUGGAUGGAUGAAUAAGAACUACAGAAAUGGAUUUCUCUUGUUUUUUGGCUGUAAAGACAAACUGCAAACCAGCCAACCGGAUGGGUCGCUGCGAGGCCACUCAUAUACCUUUCGUGCUACCACUUAUCAUGGAAGUUUUCGUCAUGGUGGAGAAAAUGGGCAGCCACCAACACAUGUUUAA